GUAGAGUGCGCCUGUGUCCGCCCGCCCGCCAUAGAAGUUGUGGUGGCAGUGAAAAGCGACGAGGCCUGCCGUUUGGUCGUGCUCUCUGCGGGCUCGCGGUGACCGCUUUGUUAUUAGUGUGUCGUCGGUGUGAAGGACACGGACUCGUGCCGACAUGUAUGACCAGGAUGAAGAUAUUCAGUACGAUGAAGACGAUGACGAGAUCACCCCAGAUUUGUGGCAGGAAGCCUGCUGGAUCGUCAUCAGCUCCUACUUUGAUGAGAAGGGGCUCGUGCGACAGCAGCUUGACUCGUUUGAUGAGUUCAUUCAGAUGUCUGUGCAGCGAAUAGUGGAAGACGCCCCCCCAAUUGAUCUGCAGGCUGAGGCCCAGCAUACGUCUGGAGAAGUGGAGGAGCCGCCACGCUACCUGCUCAAGUUUGAACAGAUUUACCUGUCAAAGCCUACGCACUGGGAGAGAGAUGGUGCACCUUCACCCAUGAUGCCUAAUGAAGCAAGACUGCGAAAUCUCACGUACUCUGCUCCUCUCUAUGUCGACAUAACCAAAACGGUUAUAAAAGAAGGUGAGGAGCAGCUGCAGACACAGCACCAGAAGACCUUCAUUGGCAAGAUUCCCAUCAUGCUUCGCUCGACUUACUGCCUGCUCAGCGGCCUGACAGACCGUGAUCUCUGUGAGCUUAACGAAUGCCCUCUGGAUCCUGGCGGCUAUUUUAUCAUCAAUGGAUCUGAAAAGGUUCUGAUCGCACAGGAGAAGAUGGCCACCAAUACGGUGUAUGUGUUUGCUAAGAAGGACUCCAAAUACGCUUACACAGGGGAAUGUCGCUCCUGCCUGGAGAAUUCUUCUCGACCUACAAGUACAAUAUGGGUCAGCAUGAUGGCAAGAGGUGGCCAGGGUGUCAAGAAAAGCGCCAUUGGUCAGCGCAUUGUGGCCACAUUGCCCUACAUUAGACAGGAAGUGCCCAUUAUAAUUGUUUUUCGAGCUCUGGGAUUCGUGUCUGACAGAGAUAUUCUGGAACACAUAAUUUACGACUUUGAUGACCCCGAGAUGAUGGAAAUGGUCAAGCCCUCCCUGGACGAGGCUUUUGUCAUUCAAGAACAAAAUGUGGCUUUAAAUUUUAUUGGCUCCAGAGGUGCCAAGCCUGGUGUUACCAAGGAGAAGAGAAUCAAGUAUGCCAAGGAAGUCCUUCAGAAGGAAGUGCUGCCUCAUGUGGGUGUCAGUGACUUUUGUGAGACUAAGAAGGCCUAUUUCCUGGGGUACAUGGUUCAUCGACUUCUCCUCGCUGCGUUAGGCCGCCGGGAGCUAGACGACAGAGAUCACUAUGGCAACAAAAGACUGGACCUUGCAGGGCCCUUGUUGGCAUUCUUGUUUCGAGGGAUGUUCAAGAAUCUUCUGAAAGAAAUUCGUAUCUACGCCCAGAAAUUCAUUGACCGAGGUAAAGACUUCAACUUAGAGCUGGCUAUAAAGACUCGCAUCAUCUCCGAUGGCUUGAAGUAUUCUCUGGCUACUGGAAACUGGGGAGACGUAAAGAAGGCUCAUCAGGCGAGAGCUGGGGUGUCGCAGGUGUUGAACCGUUUGACGUUUGCAUCCACCUUGUCUCAUCUCAGACGUGUCAACUCUCCAAUAGGGAGGGAUGGGAAACUUGCCAAACCCAGACAGCUACACAAUACUUUGUGGGGAAUGGUGUGCCCUGCCGAGACUCCAGAGGGUCACGCUGUGGGGCUUGUCAAGAACCUCGCCCUAAUGGCCUACAUCUCUGUGGGCUCACAGCCCUCGCCAAUCUUGGAGUUUUUGGAAGAGUGGAGCAUGGAGAACCUGGAAGAGAUCUCUCCUGCUGCAAUUGCCGAUGCCACCAAGAUCUUUGUAAACGGCUGCUGGGUUGGAAUCCACAAAGAUCCUGAACAGCUGAUGAACACACUGCGGAAACUGCGCCGUCAGAUGGAUAUCAUCGUGUCUGAGGUGUCCAUGAUCCGGGAUAUCCGGGAACGCGAGAUUCGCAUUUACACGGACGCGGGCAGAAUCUGCAGGCCGCUGCUGAUCGUAGAGAAGCAGAAGCUUCUGCUGAAGAGAAGACACAUUGACCAGCUGAAGGAGCGCGAGUACAACAACUACAGUUGGCAGGACCUGGUGGCCAGCGGAGUGGUGGAGUACAUCGACACUCUGGAAGAGGAGACCGUCAUGUUGGCCAUGACCCCGGACGACCUUCAGGAGAAAGGCGUUGCCUACUGCUCCACGUACACCCACUGCGAAAUCCACCCUUCUAUGAUCCUGGGGGUGUGUGCCUCCAUCAUCCCGUUUCCUGACCACAACCAGUCCCCCAGGAACACGUACCAGUCUGCUAUGGGGAAGCAGGCCAUGGGAGUCUACAUUACCAAUUUCCACGUGCGCAUGGACACCCUGGCCCACGUGCUCUACUACCCCCAGAAGCCUUUGGUGACCACCCGCUCCAUGGAGUACCUGCGCUUCCGAGAGCUGCCUGCAGGAAUUAACUCCAUUGUGGCCAUUGCCUCUUACACGGGGUACAACCAGGAGGACUCGGUGAUUAUGAACCGCUCCGCGGUGGACAGGGGCUUCUUCAGGUCGGUCUUCUACCGCUCUUACAAAGAACAAGAGUCCAAGAAAGGAUUUGACCAGGAGGAGAUCUUUGAGAAACCGACCCGUGAAACGUGCCAGGGUAUGAGGCAUGCCAUCUAUGACAAACUGGACGACGAUGGGCUCAUCGCACCUGGCGUUCGUGUGUCCGGGGAGGACGUGAUCAUUGGCAAGACGGUCACACUGCCCGAGAAUGACGACGAGCUGGACAGCAACAACCGACGCUACACCAAACGUGACUGCAGCACCUUCCUGCGCACCAGCGAGACGGGCAUUGUCGAUCAGGUCAUGGUGACGCUGAACCAAGAGGGCUACAAGUUCUGCAAGAUUCGGGUGCGAUCUGUGAGAAUCCCUCAAAUCGGGGACAAGUUUGCCAGUAGGCAUGGGCAGAAGGGCACCUGUGGAAUUCAGUACCGGCAGGAGGACAUGCCGUUUACGUGCGAAGGCAUCACGCCAGACAUCAUCAUCAACCCUCACGCCAUCCCCUCUCGAAUGACAGUCGGUCACUUGAUUGAGUGUCUGCAGGGCAAGGUGUCGGCGAACAAGGGGGAGAUUGGCGAUGCCACGCCUUUCAACGAUGCGGUCAACGUGCAGAAGGUGUCCAAUCUGCUGUCGGAGUACGGCUACCACCUGCGAGGAAACGAGGUGCUCUACAAUGGCUUCACGGGACGGAAGCUGACGUCGCAGAUCUUUCUGGGUCCCACCUACUACCAGCGCUUGAAGCACAUGGUGGACGACAAGAUCCACUCCAGGGCUCGGGGACCCCUUCAGAUCCUCAACCGGCAGCCCAUGGAGGGCAGAUCACGGGAUGGUGGUCUGCGUUUCGGCGAGAUGGAGCGAGAUUGUCAGAUCGCUCACGGUGCCGCCCAGUUCUUGAGGGAGAGGCUCUUUGAGGCCUCUGACCCCUACCAGGUGCACGUGUGUAACCUGUGUGGCCUCAUGGCGAUCGCCAACACGAGGACACACACGUACGAGUGCCGGGGCUGCCGCAACAAGACCCAGAUCUCAUUGGUCCGUUUGCCGUACGCCUGCAAGCUGCUCUUCCAGGAGUUGAUGUCCAUGAGUAUCGCGCCCCGCAUGAUGACCACCUGAGCCUGCAGCGUCUUCUGGGAGUUCGAAAUGGCCCACCCUGCGGACAUGGUGUGGAUUUUUGUUCUCUUUGUGUGUAAUAAAGGUUAUUUUUGUUUUUUUUAAA